AUGUUGGCAGCAACAGCAGAGAAACACAUCAUGAAGCCCAAAUAUGACACUUGUUCAAUAAUUUGGACGUGUUCACCUCAGCUGACACAUUCAACAACACACACAGGUUUUUGUCACAGCACUUUUCACUGUGGGAGCAGUGGCUACAGGUACGGGAUCUUUGGCUCAGGCACCAGACUGUAUGUAACAGAUCGUCAAGUUGUGCCGCCCAAAGUGAGCGUCUACCCAGCGACCAGAGUCGACCUGAAGGGGAAGAGCUCCCUGCUGUGUCUGGCCACAUCCAUGUUUCCUCCUGAGGUCCAGUUCUCCUGGAGGACAAAGGACAACAAGAAGAUUCCUGAGGGAGAGCGAGUGGAGCUCAGAGAGGAAGAGCACGCCGCCGCCAUCUUGCUGAUCGAUCAGCAAGAGCUCAUCACGUAUCAAUACAUCUGCUCCGUCAAACACCAAGAGGGCACGGUGGAGGCCAUGAUAAAAGGAGUGUCCUUCCAGUUCCAGUGCAGGGUGAAGCUGCUCUCUCUGGUUUCCACAGUGAUGAUAGUGAAGAGCAUGGUGUACUGCUGUGGACUCUCUCUCCUGAUCAUCCACAGAAACAAGGGACCUGCUGACUGACUGUCCUGCAGCACCGCCUGAUGAUGUCAUCACUG